CUAAAGGGCUUUGGCACCGCUCCAAAUUGCGAAUUUCUCACAUCGAUCCAAAUUGGUUCUUUCUCCCUAAUCGAAAUUUCCCGAUUUCCUUCCUUUGCACCGUCGCACACUUCCUCCAAACCCUCUUCUCCCGCCAUGAGCGCCGCCGUCCAAGCCUUCAUCUCCGCCAUCCCUGUCCAUCUCCUCACUUAACGCCGCCGCCCGUGGUAGCGCAUCGCAUCAUACUAUCCAUCUCUUCCAACUAGGGUUUGUAACAGCAAGGGAACCAAACCAGGUCUUUUCACCUUCGGUGUUGAAAUCGCAGAAGAAGAACCAUGUCAGUGACAGCAGGUGUUAGCGAUACAGUAAUCGCUGUAAGAGAUAAGCUCAGAGGUAAAAUCGGCCAAACCAAAGUGAAGCGGUAUUGGCCGGGAAAAGUUCCUGAAUGGGCUGAUGAGGAGAAUGAAGACGACGCCGCCGCUGCCGGCGGUGAUUUCAGACCUAACCGGGAAGCUGCAUUGGAGGAAGCGUUUCCUCGUCACGAAGAAGAUGCGGCGAUUGUGAGAAAAGAUGACCGCAGGCUCCGUCGAUUGGCGGAGAGCCGGAUUGAUAACCGGGAGGAAGUUAGGGCUGAUCAUCGUAGAAUCCGGCAAGCGGAGAUUGUUUCGACUAUCGAAGAGGAGGCAAGGAGGCAGGAGAGGUUGGAUUUUGAGGAGGAUGAUGAGGAGGCUUUGGCGGAGAGGAGGAGGCAGUUGAAGGAGAAGCUGCGUCAGAGGGAGCUGGAAGAAGAAGAAGCGCUUCCCACGGAAGAAGAGGAGGAGGAGGAAGAGGAAGAGGAGGAGGAGGAGUCUGAGUAUGAGACUGAUUCGGAUGAGGAGUAUACUGGAGUGGCUAUGGUGAAGCCUGUGUUUGUUCCGAAAUCUGAGAGAGAUACCAUUGCUGAGCGCGAGCGAGUCGAGGCUGAGGAGCUGGCUCUCGAGGAGGCGAGGAAAAGGAGAUUGGAGGAGAGGAGGAUCGAGACGAAGCAGCUUGUUGUUGAGGAGAUUCGGAAGGAUCAUGAGAUUCAGAGGAAUAUGGAAUUGGGGGCGAACAUUGCUGAUGUGGAUACUGAUGAUGAAUUGAAUGAGGCGGAGGAGUAUGAAGCGUGGAAAGUGAGGGAGAUUGGUAGGAUCAAGAGGGAUAGGGAGGAGAGGGAGGCAAUGCUGAGGGAGAAAGAAGAGAUUGAGAAGGUAAGGAAUAUGACUGAGGAAGAGAGGAGAGAAUGGGAAAGGAAGAAUCCUAAGCCAGCUAAAUCAUCAAAGCAGAAAUGGAGAUUUAUGCAGAAAUACUAUCACAAGGGUGUUUUCUUCCAAGAUGAUCCCGACGACCGAGCUGCCACCGUUGGAACUGACAAUAUUUUCGCGCGUGAUUUCUCAGCUCCAACUGGUGAAGAUAAAAUGGACAAGACAAUAUUGCCUAAGGUUAUGCAAGUCAAGCACUUUGGACGCAGCGGAAGAACUAAGUGGACUCAUCUUGUCAAUGAGGACACUACUGAUUGGAACAACCCGUGGACUUACAAUGAUCCACUUCGUGCAAAAUAUAAUCAGAAGAUGGCAGCAAUGGACGCACCUAUAGCGAAACCUAAAGGAAGCAAAAAAAUGAAGGAUUGGGAAUCUCGAUGAAUUUGAAGUUGCGAAAAUAUGUAUUAAGGUAUUGACUUUUCAAUACGGUGGAGAAAUACUAGAUUAGAUUCUUCCUAUCCUGCAUAUGCUUAUGUUGUGGAGUACUUUAUGAGAAUUAGCACGAGCUUGUUGCUUCUAUAGUUGAUAAUUAUGCCCAACGAUGCAGUCUAGACCCCUUCUCAAAUUUCAUGGUUAUGGAGUAAUUACCAGUCAGAAGAAAUAGCUAGUCUGUUGUUUCUAUAACUUUGUAUAAGGAUUUCAGUUCUUGCCUUGGCUUUCUGAAACUUUGACCAUAUGUUUAAUGGAUGCUCUCCUUUUCGCUUC